AUGUCUCGGUCGAAUGUCUCAUACGAUGCCCCAGUCUAUGACCUAUUCCCUUUCCAUGAUGUCCAUUUAGUCCUUCUCAGCGUACUGUAUGGGAUCGCUUUCAUAGCAGGGACCCCAGGCAACUCUCUGGUGAUCCUGGCCGUGCUUCUCUCCAAAAAGCUCCGCACGACCACCAACACCUUCGUGGUGAAUCUCAGCGUGGCGGACCUACUGACCUGUCUGGUGUUAAUACCGGUAAACGCCAAUGUCAUAAGUACAUUAUAUUUUGGGAUCGGUGACCUACAGGUCGGGCUCACUCUGCUCUUGGUGACCGGUUUCAUUUUAUACACGACUCUCGGCUGCAGCAUCCUCACAUUGAUAUGCAUCGCCCUUAACCGCUGGUUGCUGAUCACACGACCACUUACCACCUAUCAAAAGGUCUACACGCCGAAGAAAAUCGCCGUGUGCCUGAUGUUCGUUUGGGUGAUACCAAUAGUAUUUGUCCUUACUUUAGGUUAUUCGGGGCUUGGUAAGCGUUACUUCAUCGUAGUGCUAGCAGUUGCAAUGUUUCCGAUCCCUCUGACCGUCAUCAUUGCCUGCUACGUUCUCAUCUGGAGGCGUAUCAACCGCCAGGUGAGGAGCAUGGCAAGCUCCAGCCAUAUACCCGAGGUAUCCAAUGAGCCCAUAACCCACAACUCUACGGAGACACAACUCGAUGACAUCCCGACUGACAGCACCCAACCCCAAGCCAGGUCGAAUUCCGCAAUGACGACCGGUAACGACCAACUGAGUCGCCAUCAGAUCCAAAUAACCAAGAACAUGUUCUACGUCGUCUGUGCCUUUGUGCUGUGCGUGGGUCCAUACGCCAUAAGCCUGGUACCGGCAAUUACUGACAUUAAGUUCGUCCUUGUCAGUCAGUAUGCAUCUGCAAUCCUAGUGUUUAACAGUUGCAUCAACCCCUUGAUCUAUGCGACCAAGCACCGUGACUUCAAGACCGUCUUCCGCUGCAUCGUAAGUCGCCAGUGGGACGACAUCCCGGAACCCUCGGAUUUUCUGAAGGCCGUGAGACGGAGCAAAUGCUGCGGUCGGAGCAAUCCUGUGUGA